AUGACGAUUCAUUUGAAAAAUACAACGUCAUGUAUACUUUACCAAACCCAAACCCAGAUCAAAUAUAUUGAAAAGGUUCAAGAAUGUGUAAAAAUUUUAUCAUAAUCAAUUUUGAUGAAUUAAUUAAAAUUAGAUUAAGAUAUAGUAUAAAAGAUUGAAAGAUUAAUAUAGAAUAAAGAUAUGUAAAUAACAACGAAAAUUAUUAAAGCGUAUACAAAAAGAAUAGUAUAGAAAAAGUAUGAAGAUUUAACAAAUACAACUGAUUCCUUCCUUUAAAGAAAAAUAAACAACACUCUAAGCUUUACAUGAAUGUGUUUUUUCUGCUUAUUAAUUUGAAUAAAAAUUAAAUAGAGAUUAGUUAAAAAUUUUAGAAAUAAAUUUGUACAAUAAAUCUUAAAGGAUCAGUAAUUUAUCUUUUAGAGGGUUAAGAUGUGCUAGUAGAAAUGGAGUUAAAUCUGAUAUUUUUAAUGAAUAUUGUGAUUAAGUAAUACAAGUAUUGAAAAAAUUUUAAAAACCAAUAGAGAGAUAUUUAGAUUUAAUAGAUACUUUGAACUAUUUAUAAAGUUAUAAUUUAGAAGAUACGAUAAAGAAGACAAAGAAUUAAAGAGAUUGGAAUUUAAAGUUAUUAGAAGAUGGUUUUAUAUUGAUUCAUGAGAAAUGUAAUAAGAAUAAAAUAUUAAAUUUGAUUUAAUAAGGUGAAUAAAAUAUAGAGAUAUGAUGAUAUUUAAAAAAACAAUAGGAGAAUAAGAUACUAUAAAAUUACUGAAUGAGAAUGUAAUAUAUUAAGGAGGACAUAAAAAUAAAACAAUAGAUGGUAAAAAUUAUAGUAAAGUUGGUUAGAAUAGAUGUUGUAAAAGAAAAUAAGAAAUAAAAGAUCAGAAAUAGAGAUUUUUAUACAGAUUAUGUUUAGAAAUGAUGAAAUGAUAUAAAAGAACAAUGAUAUAUGUGAGAAACUAGCAAUGGUACUGCUGAAUAGAAUAGGAGAGAUAGAUAAUAUAUCAGAAUUUAAGAAUUUAUUAGAUUGUAUAAAUAUGAAUGAAUGGAAAUUGAUUAAUAGUAAACGUUAAUUAAGUGUAUAAGAGUUAAGAUAAUAGUUAGAGAUUAAAAUGAUAUAUGAUAGAUUUGAGUAGUAAAAGGAGGAAUAAUUAAUAGAGACCAUAAAAUAAUUAUAAAUAUAAGGAUGGACAUUUUAGAGAUAGAAAGAGAUAUUAGAUAAAGUCGAAUAAAAGAGAGGUGAUAAAAAGAAAAUGAUGGGAAAUUUAAAAUAAUUAUUUAAGAGUCUAUAUUAUUAUAGGAUUAAUGUAGAGAGUAUAGAUAUAAAUAAUUUAAUUGAUUAAGAUGAUGAUAAUUGGAGUGAAUAAGUAUUAAGUUUUGGUUUAAUAAGAGGAGCAAAAGAUUACAAUAUUUUAGAGAGUGAAUUUGAAUAGUUAAAUAAUGAUAAUAGGAUUAAAGACAUCUUCAAAAAAAUAUAUGAGAAUAAAGAAAAAGAGUAAUGGAAAUAUGAUGAUAUAAGAGUAUGGGCAGAGUAAGUAAAGAAGUUAGAGAGAGAGAGAUUUAAUGGAAAUGAAUUGAUUAUUGAAUCAUUAGCAGUAAUAAAAUAAGCAAUUUAAAUAUAAUUUAAAUAGAUAGUGAAUUAUUCAUAAAUGAUGAGUGCAUUAAUAAUAUUAAAAGAUAAUGAUAAGAAAGGAGUAUUAUUAUAGGUGAGUACAGGAGAAGGUAAAUCUCUAAUAAUAGGUAUCGUUGCAAUAUAUUAUGGUUUAUAAGGAUUAGAAAUAAAUAUACAUACUAGUUCUUUUGUUUUAGCAGAGAGAGAUUGUAAAUACUUAAAACCAUUGUAUGAAAUGUUUAAUCUUUCAUGUAAAUAAAAUAGAGAUAGAUCAAAAUAUAAAAAAGGAGAAAAGUAAUGUUAUAAAAAAGACAUAGUACAUGGUGAUGUAUCAUAAUUUUAAUUUGAUUCUUUAAGACAUCAUCAUAAUUAAUUAAAUACUAUGGGAAAUAGAAAUAUGUAAAUAGCUAUUAUUGAUGAAGUUGAUAGUAUGCUUAUUGAUGAAAGUUCCAAAUUUGCAAGAUUAUCUACUAAAAUUGUAGGUAUUGAACUACUUUAACCAAUAUAUCUUCUCAUUUGGUAAUGAAUCAAUAUUCUAGAACAAAAAAUAGUAUUUAUUGAUUCUAAAUAUUAUUAUUUUCAAUAUGGAAAAGUUAAUUAUACAGAAAAAAACAAAAGUUUAUCAAUAUUUGGGGAGGAUGGAAAGAUAAUUUAUGAAUUUGGCAAUCUCGAAUAAUUAGUUAAGAUUUAAGAAUUUUCAGAAAUAGGAUAAGAGAUUUAAAAUAUAGAUGAAUUUAAAGAAAAACAUUUAGUAGAUUAUAUUAAUAAUAUAAUUGAUAAAUCUAAAUUAAUAAUGUUGCCUACUUAUUUUAAAUAAUAUGUUAAACUUAAAUUACAUAGUUGGAUACACAGUGCUAUAUUAGCAAUGAAAUAUAAAGAAGAUAUUCAUUAUAUAAUUUGUUAAGGUGAUAUAAAACCUGUUGAUUUUCAAAAUACAGGAGUCAUUUAAGAUUAUACAUAUUGGGGAAAUGGAUUACAUUAAUUUCUAUAAAUAAAACAUAAUUUAGAAAUUACAUCUGAAACUUUAUUGACAAAUUUUUUAUCAAAUGUUGGAUAUUUUAAGAAAUAUAAUGGUAGAUUAAUUGGUUUGACUGGUACAUUAGGUUCAAAAAAUACAUAAGAUAUGUUAAAAGAGGUUUAUAAUGUAGAUUUGAUGUUGAUACCAUAAAAUAAUUAUAAAUUAUUUCAUGAAUUACCUUUAUUGAUUGUAAAUUAAAAGAAAUGGUUAUAAUAGAUAAUAAAUUCAUCUAUUAAUGAAUGUUUAAAUAAAAGAGGAGUUCUAAUAAUAUGUGAAACAAUUUAAACUGCAAGAGUCAUUUAUAAUCAGUUGAUUUCUAAGCAUGCUAAAAUCAAAUUGUAUGAUAGGAAUAAUAAUAAUUAAGAGAAAGAAAUUGAAAAAAUAUAAUCAGGUUAUAUAUUUGUUGCAACAAAUCUUGCAGGUAGAGGUACUAAUAUAAAUUCUAAUGAUAUUGAAAAUUAUGGAGGAUUACAUGUGAUAUUAACAUUUAUGCCUUCUAAUUAAAGAAUUGAAGAAUAAGCUUUUGGAAGAACUGCUAGAUAUGGUAAUUUAGGUACUGGUUAAAUCAUAUUAAAUGAAUAACAUCUAAAAUCUUUAGGUUAUUCAUUAUAAGAUUAUUAAUCUUUAAAAAUAUAAAGAGAUUAAUUUGAAUAUUAGAAACUUUAAGAAUUUAAAUUAAAUGAAAUAAAUUAAAAAGAAGAAUACUUUUAAUAAUAUUGUAAUCUCUUAGAUUAAUUAAGAUCAAAAAUUAAUUCUUCAAAUGAAUUAACUUAAUAAGAAAAAUUUUAUUCUUUUUCUAACAUUGAAGAAAGAUGGGCUCUCUUUUUACUUGAAUUGGAAGACAAAAAUUUAUAAGAUAAUAAACCUUCAUUUGAUGAAUUUCGGAUUUCUGUUAUUUAAGAUGUUGAUAAUAAAUAAAUCAUAACUAAUCCUUUUCAUUAAAUAGAUAUUUUAAAUCAUCAAGUUAAUAAAUCUCUAUAUUCUAAUAAUAUUUAAAAUAGUAUAAAUAAGUAUAAAACAUUUAACACCAACAAUGAUUAAUUUGCAACAGUUUAUUUAGAAUAAGCUUAUCUUAUUAUCAAGAGUAACAUUAAUAAUAAAAAAAAUGAAGCGCUUCAACUUCUAUAAAAAGGAUUAGAUCUAAUAACUUAAGAAGUANAGUAAGUAAAGAAGUUAGAGAGAGAGAGAUUUAAUGGAAAUGAAUUGAUUAUUGAAUCAUUAGCAGUAAUAAAAUAAGCAAUUUAAAUAUAAUUUAAAUAGAUAGUGAAUUAUUCAUAAAUGAUGAGUGCAUUAAUAAUAUUAAAAGAUAAUGAUAAGAAAGGAGUAUUAUUAUAGGUGAGUACAGGAGAAGGUAAAUCUCUAAUAAUAGGUAUCGUUGCAAUAUAUUAUGGUUUAUAAGGAUUAGAAAUAAAUAUACAUACUAGUUCUUUUGUUUUAGCAGAGAGAGAUUGUAAAUACUUAAAACCAUUGUAUGAAAUGUUUAAUCUUUCAUGUAAAUAAAAUAGAGAUAGAUCAAAAUAUAAAAAAGGAGAAAAGUAAUGUUAUAAAAAAGACAUAGUACAUGGUGAUGUAUCAUAAUUUUAAUUUGAUUCUUUAAGACAUCAUCAUAAUUAAUUAAAUACUAUGGGAAAUAGAAAUAUGUAAAUAGCUAUUAUUGAUGAAGUUGAUAGUAUGCUUAUUGAUGAAAGUUCCAAAUUUGCAAGAUUAUCUACUAAAAUUGUAGGUAUUGAACUACUUUAACCAAUAUAUCUUCUCAUUUGGUAAUGA